ACACAUCAGCUGGAUCACUCUGCUCACUACCUGCGUCUUAAAUUCCUGAUUGAAAACCAGAUUCGAUUUUAUGUACCAAAGCCAGAAGAGGAUAUCUAUGAACUGCUGUACAAAGAAAUAGAAAUCUGUCAGAAAAUUACACAGCACAUUCAAAUAGAGAAGUCUGAUGCAUCCUCUGAUAUUUAUGGUUUCUCUCUGUCCUCCGUGGAAGAAGAAGGGAUUCGUCGGCUAUAUGUGAACGGUGUCAAAGAGACAGGCCUAGCCUUCAAGAAAGGCCUGAAAGCUGGUGAUGAAAUUGUGGAGAUUAACAAGAAAGCUGCUGAGGAUCUGGACUCAGCUUUGCUGAAAGAUGCCCUUGUUCAGCCUUCGCUGUUUCUUACCGUGCGCACCUAUCCUGAGAUAGAGGAAGGGCAGAAACUAAUGCAGCCACCACCGCGUCGCUUGGAAAAUCCAUCUGACUUGAGUGACAGCGCACUGACAUUUGCUGGGAGCAACCAAGGGCACUCUCUUUUCGGCGACCCGGAAAGCUCUGUUGAGACAGCUCCAGAGGAGGCGGAAGCACAAGACUUGGAGUCAUCUGAUGAGGCCGAUAAAACAACCAAGAGUACAGAGCAGGUCGCUGCUUUCUGUCGCAGUCUGCAUGAAAUGAACCCUUCUGAUUCAAGUGCUCAUCCUCAGGAAUUUACAGGACCCCAGCUGGCCACCAUGAGGCAGCUCACAGAUGCAGAUAAACUGCGAAAGGUUAUCUGUGAACUUCUCGAGACGGAACGCACCUAUGUCAAAGACUUAAAUUGUCUAAUGGAGAGAUACCUGAAGCCUCUACAAAAGGAAACGUUCCUCACACCAGAUGAGCUGGAUGUUCUCUUUGGGAAUCUGACUGAAAUGGUAGCAUUCCAGGUAGAGUUCUUGAAAACUCUUGAAGAUGGAGUAAGGCUGGUUCCAGACCUGGAAAAGCUUGAAAAAGUUGAGCAAUUUAAGAAAGUGUUGUUUUCCUUGGGUGGAUCCUUUCUUUACUAUGCUGACCGAUUCAAGCUGUACAGUGCCUUCUGUGCCAGCCACACGAAGGUCCCCAAAGUACUGGUGAAAGCCAAGACAGACACUGCUUUCAAGGCAUUUCUGGAUGCUCAGAAUCCCCGACGGCAGCACUCCUCCACGCUGGAGUCUUACCUCAUCAAACCCAUACAGCGGAUACUGAAAUACCCUCAGCUCUUUGCUCUGACUGACGUAGACAGUGAAGAACAUUAUCACCUUGAUGUGGCCAUAAAAACAAUGAACAAAGUUGCCAGCCACAUUAAUGAAAUGCAGAAAAUCCAUGAAGAAUAUGGGGCAGUGUUUGACCAACUCAUAGCAGAACAAACAGGGGAGAAAAAAGAGGUUGCAGACCUUUCGAUGGGGGACUUGCUCUUGCAUAAUACAGUGAUAUGGCUGAAUCCUCCUGCUUCACUGGGGAAAUGGAAGAAGGAACCUGAGCUGGCAGCAUUUGUGUUCAAAACUGCUGUGGUCCUUGUAUACAAGGAUGGUUCCAAACAGAAGAAGAAACUUGGAGGAUCACAUAGAGCUUCAAUUUAUGAAGACUGGGAUCCAUUCCGCUUUCGCCACAUGAUACCUUUAGAAGCACUGCAGGUUCGAGCGUUGGCAAGUGCAGAUGCAGAGACCAAUUCUGUCUGUGAGAUUGUCCAUGUUAAAUCUGAGUCUGAAGGCAGGCCAGAAAGAACGUUUCACCUUUGCUGUAGUUCACCAGAACACAGGAAGGACUUUCUGAAGGCAGUGCACUCAAUUCUGCGGGAUAAACACAGAAGACAGCUUCUUAAAACCGAAAGUUUGCCCUCAUCCCAGCAAUAUGUUCCUUUUGGUGGAAAAAGAUUGUGUGCUCUAAAAGGUGCAAGGCCAGCCAUGAACAGGGCAGUGUCAGCCCCAAGCAAGUCUCUUGGGAGGAGGAGGCGGCGGCUGGCCCGAAACAGGUUUACCAUUGACUCAGAUGCCGUCUACACGAGCAGCCCUGAAAAAGAGCCCCAGCAGCCCACGCACAGUGGGGACACUGACCGCUGGGUAGAGGAACAGUUUGACCUUGCUCAGUAUGAGGAGCAGGAGGACAUCAAGGAAACGGACAUCCUCAGCGAUGACGAUGAGUACUGCGAGGCCAUGAGAGGCGCCGACCGCCCGCGCCCAGCCAUGGACACGCACGCCUCCAGGAUGACCCAGCUGAAGAAGCAGGCGGCCUUGUCCGGCAUCAACGGCGACGUGGAGGGUCACGGCGAAGAGGUCAUCUGGGUUAGGCGUGAAGACUUUGUCCCCAGCAGGAAACUGAACACGGAGCUCUAAACCGGUCCCCUUCCCCGCCUGGAUGCGUAGGUCUCCCCGUCCUCCCCUCCCUCCCUCCCUCCCGUCCCCACACACCGCGGAGAGCCGAUCCCGAUAGAUUGCACACUUGCACACACCAUUUUGGCAGCUGAAUUGGUCCAAAGCCAUGCGGCCACACUUCAGGCAACCGUAAA